UGUACCCUAUGCUACUGAACAGAUUUACCGCGAUACAAACUAGCUUCACACUGGCCUUAACCGCAUGAAAAGAUGCUUCUUCGCGAGAUUAAAACGAUAAAACAAACACCAGGACGCCUGGGAAAACUUUGCCCAACUAUACCCAAACUUUGAUGAAGACCACAAGCCAAAUAUAGUUUUAGAGUGUGUUAGCAUUGUUAUAUUAUCUUCCCAUUAUAUAUAUAUUUUCCCCCGGUCGAGGUUCUUUCUUUUUUGUAUUUAUCUUUUUUAUUGGAGAAGCCCACUCUGAUGAAUUCACCGAAAGAAGACGGAGAAGAUGAUGUGCCCGUUAAAGACCCGGUGAAAUACGGAGAGCUGGUCAUUUUAGGGCACAAUGGCUCUCUGCCAAGUGGAGACCGUGGGCGCAGAAAGAGCCGCUUUGCUCUUUACCGAAGGGCCAAGGCCAACGGUGUGAAACCCAGUGCUGUGCACAUCCUCAACACACCACAGGACAGCAAGGUGGUUCACAGCAGGGGGCAGCAUAGCAUUUCUUUCACACUGUCUCGCAACCAGACUGUGGUGGUGGAGUACUGCCAUGACAGCAGUACAGACAUGUUCCAGAUCGGACGGUCCACAGAGAGUCCCAUCGACUUUGUGGUGACUGACACCUCUGGAGGGGGAAAGGAAGGAGAAGACCCCUCCAUCGCUCCCAGCACCAUCUCCCGUUUUGCUUGCAGAGUGGUGUGCGAGCGUAACCCACCCUACACUGCCCGCAUUUACGCUGCAGGCUUUGACUCCUCAAAAAAUAUCUUUCUAGGGGAGAAAGCAACCAAAUGGAAAAAUCCUGAUGGCCACAUGGAUGGUCUCACCACCAACGGGGUGUUGGUGAUGCACCCAGAGGGUUUCCCAGAGGACCCCAAGCAGGGUCUUUGGAGGGAGAUAUCAGUGUGUGGAGAUGUUUAUGCACUGAGAGAAACACGCUCUGGGCCCAGUCGGGGAAAACUGGCAGAGGGAGAGAGCAGCGCACUGCGUGAUGGCUCUCUGGUGGAUCUCUGUGGUGCCACUCUGCUGUGGCGCACAGGUGAAGGCCUCAUGCGCGCCCCCACUCUGCGUCACCUGGAGGCCCUUCGUCAGGAGCUGAAUGCUUCCCGUCCUCAGUGUCCUGUAGGCCUCAGCACGUUGGCCUUCCCAAGUCUGCCACGCAGCCACAGCCUUGAAGAGCGUCAGCCCUGGGUCUACCUCACCUGCGGCCAUGUUCACGGACGCCACGACUGGGGCCAGAGGUCUGAAAGACAGGAGGAGCCAGUAGAAGGUGAGGGCUCCACGGUGCGUAGGGAAUGUCCCCUCUGCAGAAGCGUGGGUCCCUAUGUCCCCCUGUGGCUGGGCUCCGAGCCUGCGGUGUAUGUUGACGCCGGAGCUCCCACUCAUGCUUUUGUACCAUGCGGCCACGUCUGCUCAGAGAGGACAGCCAAAUACUGGGCCGAGACCCCUCUGCCCCACGGGACACAUGCAUUCAGGCCAAUCUGCCCCUUCUGCUCUGCUGCUCUCAGUACCCCCGGCUGGAUACGCCUCAUCUUCCAGGGUCCCAUCGACUAGCCGCUCAUUCAUUACUCUGUAAACAAGAAGCAGGAAGCUACUAGGGCUUCAUUCAAGUGUUAAACAUUGAUAAAUAACAACGAAUAGUUCAAUUUUGAGCUUAAUGGUUUCAAAGCAUAUGUGUUCUGAGUAUUCUACUACACUCCAACAUUGUGUCAGAGAAUGUAGCUCAGAGCUGAAGAAUCAGUCUCCUCGUUUAUCCUUCAGAGCUUCAGGAUCAAGAGGACAUGACAGACUAAUCAGUGCUAAAAAAGCUAGGAAUCCGUCUAAACUAUCAAAGACAGUGUUAUAUUAAAUACAACAGAGCUUUAGGUGAUGCUGCUUGACCUUCAAAAAUUCAUUUUCUUAAUAUCAUAGAGUAACUCAUCCCCAUUCUACUAUUACUCCACACUUGAUCAGGUUCAAACCUCCUUUUAACCCUCCUCAGAUGACAGAGUGUGACAUCACACUGAGCUUUUUUGCACAUAAAAAUGAAUGGCCUUGACUGUCACUUUGCCAGAGUUAACUUUAGAUAUUAUAAAAGUUGCCACAUUCAAAACUUUAUUCUGUCAAAUGCUUUCUUUUGAACUGAAAUGGUCUCAGCUUCACCUUGUUUCUAACUCAACUGCCUCCAAAUUACAUUUAGCAUCUUCAUCAGUUUUUCACUGAUCCAACACUGAUCUUAGUGCCAUGCUUUAGCCUGAAGCAAGAAUAUCAAUAUACAUUUCAAAGCAACAUUCAUCCUCACAGAUCCUUUUAGUGUUCAAUCUAUGCAUAGAGGCUCCUGUAAAUGAAACCACUUGGUGACCUCUGAAGCACCAGAGUGAGCGUCACUUACAGCGUCUUUCAAAGGUAUUCACACGCCCUGAACUUUGUCACAUUUAGUCAGUUUACAAAGUGAGAUUUUUUUGUGAAAGAUCAACACAAAUUAAUGCAAAAUUGGGGUGUGAAUGCUAUAUAUAUAUAUAUAUAUUACUGGAUUUUUAACAAAUUAAAAUCUGAAAGGUGUGGUGUGCAUUUGUA